AUGAUUUGUUUUUUAAAGUAUAUAAAAGAUCAAAGUGAAUAAGGAAGAAUGAAGAAAAAUGAUGAGAAAAAGAAGAAAAGUAAAGGAAAAUGCUAAUAAAUUAAAAUAGAAUUUGAAAAUAUCGGGAUGGAGUUAAUGAAUUCUAGAAUAUUCUUGCAAUUUCGACAAUAUAUGAAUUGGAAAUAUAAUUAUUAAUAAUAAUUGAAUAUUAAAAUGUAUACAUAAACAGUAGUCACACCAUUUGCUCUAAUGAUUCCAGGAUAAUUGGCUAUAACUUAAUUCAGUCAAAUAAAUAAUAGUUUUGUAGUUGAUGUUAAUAAUCCUGCAAUAAUAACUUCUAUAGCAUUUUUCUUGAUGUAACCCUUAGAAGAAGGAGUAGCUGCUUGUUUAUAUUAUUCUUAUCCUCCUUAUAAUUAAUUAGAAUUGUUAGGAGCAAUAGGUAAUGCAAGACCUUCUGAUAUAUUUUCUACUAGUUUUAGCCUUAAUCCUAAUACUAAUAAAUAAGCAUAAAUAAAGAUAAUUGUGUAACUUUAAUAGAUUGAUUAAAAUUUACAGUAGAUGAUUCUAAUGUUACCAGAGAAAUAGGGAUAUUAUUUUAUGACAAUAGCUUAACACUUAGAUCGAUUUUUGUAAGAUUAUCCUAAAUAAAUAUAUUACAAUGAGAAAAAUGAAUAAAUGUUAGUUGUACCAACUAUUUCAUUAGAUAAAUGGCUACAAAGAUUCACUGAGAAAUAUAACAUAGAUCCUAACUUUUUGUUUUGUUGA